UAUGCGAAACCAUCAAAGGGCAGUGUAGCUGAAUACACCAGCUAUAGAUAUAACAAUUUUUGAAUUGGAAAGGCAGAUACUGCUGUCAAGAUAAGGAGAUAAUGUAAAGUAUCCUUUUAUAUUAUGAUUUCGAUAAUUAGAAAUUAAAUAUCGGAAACCAACAAGUGAAAAAUAAAGGAGUAUGACAUAAGGAAAUGUUGAUUUUAAUACAGUUUCUGAAAUUGAACGAAAUAGUACACGACUUAUUCAAAUGGAAUCACUAAAAACAUAUGAAGUCUUGAAGUCCGUUCUUGUAGUUCUGGUAGUAAUUUUGUUGUUUCAUUGGAUUUGGACGCGAAGAAAAAUAUAUAAGUUUGGCCUGAAAUUUCCAAUAGAAUUUGGUUUCCCAAUAAUUGGAUCGUUACACAAACUAAGAAAUGUAAACUAUGUAAUAAGCGGGUUUGGCGAAAUCUUGAACGACUGCAAAAGUUAUACCGUUUGCUUUUGGUUAGGAUUAUUUCCAACCGUAUUGACCGCAGAUCCAGAUAUUGCUUUAAGUGUUUUGAGCUCUCAAGAAUUGCUUAACAAAGCAAAAACAAUGUAUUAUCCAGCUUAUUAUACAUUUAAAGGUGGUUUAAUCGCAAGUCCAGCAACUGAAUGGGUCCAUAACCGUAAGAUGAUUAAUCCGUCGUUUACAAAUAAAGUACUUGUAAGUUUCUUUCCUAUAUUUAAUAAAGCUAAGGACGAAUUGAUAGAAAGGUGUAGUGCUCGCGUGGAUAAUAAGGAGCACAAGAUUUUGAAUACAUUACAAACAUUGACUUUAGGCAUAACCGUAGAAACAACUAUGGGUAAAGUGAUGCACAGAGGUGACCAAGUAUCGAAAGACUUAGCGACUAUAUUUUCUUCACUUAUGAAAUUUAUAACGGCUCAUUCAUUGGUGUGCUUUUUAAAACUCGGUUUAAUAUUGGAGUUCUAUUCGAAAUAUAGAAUAUGCAGGGAACAUGCUUAUCAAUUCGUAAAUGAAUUAAUUCAAGACAAGCUAAAAAGAGGUAUAAAUACAAGCAAUAACAAUUCAAAUACGGAGACAAGUGAUCUUAACAACAUAGCCUCAAAUUCGGCAAUACCUUCAAUACGGAAAGAACCAAAAAUAUUUAUUGAUCAAGCUAUGAAAUUAUACCAAAAUCAAAAGUUUACAUGGAAUGAAAUAAUUAGUGAAUCCACUACAAUUAUCGCUGGUGCAUUUGAGACCACUGCUACUGCUGUUUACUCUACUCUUGUUAUGUUGGCAAUGCACCCAGAAAUACAACAGCGAUUAUUUGAAGAAAUAUUAGAUGUGUUCCCAGAGAAAGACUUUUAUGUUGACUCCGAUCAAUUAAGUCAACUGCCAUAUUUGGACCUCGUAAUAAAUGAAACGCUUCGCUUAGCUCCUUCAGUUCCCGUUAUAGGACGUCAUGUUAUGAAAGAUACACAAAUCGGUGAACAUGUUUUUCCCAAAGAUAUUCAGAUUAUAAUUUCAAUAUUUCAUCUUCAUCGGAGGACUGAUAUUUGGGGUCCAAAUGCAGAUAAAUUUGAUCCAGAACGUUUUUCAAUAGAAAAUUUUGAAGAAAAGCAGAAAAAUGCUUAUAUUCCAUUCUCAAAAGGGCUUAGGAAUUGUAUUGGAUGGCGAUAUGCUUUAUUUGCAAUGAAAAUCUUGUUAUGUGGACUGAUACGAAACUAUAAAUUUGAAACUGAUUUUAAAUUUGAGAACUUAAAAUGUACCAGUCAUAUAACAUUAAAAUUCAUAUUGGAACCUGAAUUAAGAUUUAUUUCUGAAAUUGAACGAAAUAGUGCGCGACUUAUUCAAAUGGAAUCACUAAAAACAUAUGAAGUCUUGAAAUCCGUUCUUGCAGUUCUCGUCGUGACUUUGUUGUUUCAUUGGAUUUGGACGCGAAGAAAAAUAUAUAAGUUUGGCCUGAAAUUUCCGAUUGAAUUUGGUUUCCCAAUAAUUGGGUCGUUACACAAAAUAAGAACUGUAAACUCUGCAGUAAGCGGGCUUGGACAAAUUAUGAAAGACUGCAAAAGUCAUACCGUUUGCUGCUGGAUAGGAUUAUUUCCAAUAAUACUGACAGCUGAUCCAGAUAUUGCUUCAAGCAUUUUGCGCUCUAAAGAACUGCUUAACAAAGCAAAAACAAUGUAUUAUCCCUUUGAUCUUACAUUUAAAGGUGGAUUAGUUGCAAGUCCAGCAACUAAAUGGGUCCAUAAUCGGAAGAUGAUUGAUCCGUCGUUUACAAAUAAGGUACUUGUAAGUUUCUUUCCAAUAUUUAAUAAAGCUAAAGACGAUCUGAUAGAAAGGUACAACGUUCUCGUGGAUAAUAAGGAGCACAAGAUUUUAAAGUCGUUACAAACCUUGACUUUAGGCAUAACCGUAGAAACAACUAUGGGUAAGGUGAUGUACAGAGGUGAACAAGUAUCGAAAGGCUUAGCGCCUAUAUAUUCUUUUGUGAUGGAUAUUAUUUCUGCUGAAAUAUUGAUAUCUUCUUUGAAACUCGGUUUUAUAUUGGAGCUGUAUCCUAAAUUUAGAAAAGAGAGGGAACAAAUAUAUCAGUUCGUAAAUGAAUUAAUUCAAGCUAAGCUAAAAAGAGGUAUAAAUACAAGCAAUAACAACUCAAAUACGGAGACAAGUGAUCUUAACAACAUAGUCUCAAAUUCUGCAAUACCUUCAAUACGGAAAGAACCAAAAAUAUUUAUUGAUCAAGCUAUAAAAUUAUACCAAAAUCAACAAUUUACAUGGAAUGACAUAAUUAGUGAAUCCAUUACAAUUGUCUCAGCUGCAUUUGAGACCACUGCUACUGCUGUUUACACUACUCUAGUUAUGUUGGCAAUGCAUCCAGAAAUACAACAGCGAUUAUUUGAAGAAAUAUUAGAUGUGUUCCCAGAGAAAGACUUUUAUGUUGACUCCGAUCAAUUAAGUCAACUGCAAUAUUUGGACCUCGUAAUAAAUGAGUCGCUUCGCUUAGUUCCUUCAGUUCCCGUUAUAGGACGUCAAGUCAUGAAGAAUACACAAAUCGGUGAACAUGUUUUUCCCAAAGAUAUUCAGAUUAUAAUUUCAAUAUUUCAUCUUCAUCGGAGGACUGAUAUUUGGGGUCCAAAUGCAGAUAAAUUUGAUCCAGAACGUUUUUCAAUAGAAAAUUUUGAAGAAAAGCAGAAAAAUGCUUAUAUUCCAUUCUCAAAAGGGCUUAGGAAUUGUAUUGGAUGGCGAUAUGCUUUAUUUGCAAUGAAAAUCUUGUUAUGUGGACUGAUACGAAACUAUAAAUUUGAAACUGAUUUUAAAUUUGAGAACUUAAAAUGUACCAGUCAUAUAACAUUAAAAUACGUGUUGGAACCUGAAUUAAGAUUAAGUAGGAGAUAGUGAAAUAUUAUAAAGUAAUUUGUAUGUAUAUAUAAACUACAAGUUGA